AUGGUUGAAGCAUCACACUCAGAGAAAAAAUCUUCCUUUUUUUCCCAUAAAUCUCGAAUCUUGAUCCUAUUCAAUCCAAACAAAACUGGCGUUUCUGGCUUUUGAUAGAGAUUCUGUGUAAAGGCGGUCCUUUUCUCCGUGUCCAGUCAUUUUGCACCCACUUGACGAAGCUCGGAUUCUUCUCUGCAGUUACUAGCAGGAAUUGUUGAGGGUCUAUUCAGUUCAGUUCUUUGGAGGGUCAGGAUUUCUCAAAGCCUAGAUACACUGCAGUUGUAGACAAUCUCCUCUUGAAGCAUUUUAAAGGGUGGACAUGGAUGAUGGGGAGGUGGAGGUUUCGGAUCAUGUCCCGUUACCGAAUGCCGACUCUUCGAGCAAUCUCCAGAGCUCAGCCUCUGUGGACUCUUUCUUUGGUGAGUUCUUGAAAAAUACUAGGUCUUGCACUCACACCCACACUUGCAAUCCUCCUGGUCCAGACGCUGCUCAUACUCACACAUGCUACCAUACCCACACCCAAAUGUUCUCGUCCGAAGAGGAUGAAAAGCGCAAUGGGAAAAAGCAAUUCUCGAAGGUGAAAAGGCCUGCAAGUAAUAGAGAGGCAGUGAGGAAGUAUAGGGAGAAAAAGAAGGCUCACACAGCUUACUUAGAGGAGGAAGUCCAGAAAUUGCAAAUGUUGAAUCAGCAAUUGGUUAGAAAAUUGCAGGGUCAGGCAUUACUUGAAGCUGAGGUCACAAGGCUUAGAAGCCUUUUGGUAGACCUCAGAGGUAAAAUUGAAAAUGAGUUAGGUGCUAUCCCCUUUCAGAAGCCUUGCAAUUUUACUUCUAUCAAGGAAGGUGACUGUGGGGUCCAGUCUGGCAGCGGGCUGGUCAGGUUGCAGUGUUCGACUGAUUUACCGUGCUUUCGUCCUCACACGGGCUCGACCUCUCUGGCUGGUGUUGGCAGGAGCAAUGAUAUUAUGGUCUUGCGGGCCGGAGAAAACUGCCAGCCAGCAAUUGGGGAUUGUCAGGUCAAGGCAAAUGUUGGCAUGAAUUCUGAUGGACACAAUUUGAACACGGUUGAAAAAAUCGCGUCAACUGCUUCUCAAGUCGAACAAUAGCAGGUCUUGUAUUGUACACUAGAUCUCAUGGAUGUUGUUUCUCUGGUUCGAUAGAUACACAACCUUCAAGUAGAAGCUCUAGUAUUUUUAUCUGUGGAGAGGGUGAUUUCUUUACUGAACAUUCCAUGAUUUACUGGGAGGUUGUCCCCUAUGCCGUUUGUGAUCUGUUUCAGUGUCUAAAUCCUUAUGGACCCGAGCUGCUGUACUGUACUGCUAUUUCUGAUGACUGAUGAAGAAGGCCGAACUUGCAAAGUUCUAAUUUAACUGAUAGCAGGACAGUUGCUCUCGCCAUAUCACAGAGUUAAUGAUGAAGUGGAAAUGGAGGGUUUGCUCGUUAUUGUAGUGUAGAUGCUGGCUUAUGUUUUUGUAAGAAACUGGGAGUUUGCUGGAAGUUGAAGCUAGUUAGGUAUGAUCAGUACCGGAAAGGGUGCUCUGUUUCAGCUUGUUCUAGGCUAAUGGGUGGCUGUCGAGCAAAGAGGCAGUGCCGAGAUAUCGAUAGCUAAGCUAGGAAUGCUUCUGAUCAUGGUCUGCUAUCAGAUGAGAUGCUUCAAGGUGAUCAAGAGGAAUUUUGACUUGUGAGUGAGAUCAGAACUUGAUGCUCAGUCCAGGUUGUCUUUGCUUGCAACUUAUCACUUCUUCGCAAUGGAGUAUUUGCUGUACUAUUAAGAUUGUC